CAUGCAUCCUACAACACAAAUGCUAGAAAAUGCCAGAGAACGUGUAACAUUUCCAAUUGAAGAAUUAACAAAGCUUAUUUAUGUUAAUGAAGAGAUAUAUGAGACAUUUAUGAAGGCUUAAAAGAUAAUAGCAAAUGAACCUACUAUUCGUAAUCAUCCAGAUUAUCAUAAUUGGAGUCGCAAACAAUAAAUCAUAAAGUCUUAUGAGAAAUUGAGGAUAAUGCAUUAGCAUUUCAAUUUGGCUAAUGCUGUUCACUGGGCUCCUCUUUUAAGCAUAUUUUAAGGUACAACACCAACAGCAGUAUCAUUUGCAAUGACAGUUCCUGCCUUAAGAUUUCUAGGAACAGAUGAAUAAUUCAACUUAUGGGGACCUAAAUUCUUAACAAUGGAAAUCGUUGCUGCUUAUGCAUAAACAGAAAUAGGUCAUGGAAGUGAUGUAUAGAAUUUAGAAACUACAGCUACAUAUGAUCCUUAGAGUAAUGAUUUUAUUCUACAUACUCCAUCUGUAUCUGCAGUUAAAUGUAAAUGAAUAUAGAAAUCUAAAUAGUUUGGCCUGGUGAAUUAGGUUUUCUAUCAAAUUAUGCACUGGUUUAUGCAAAACUCAUAUUUAAUGGUAAGAAUAAAGGAGUCCAUCCUUUUAUGGUUUAAAUUAGAGAUAAUUUCACACAUAAAACAUUAAAAGGAGUAACAGUUGGAGAUAUUGGGCCAAAAUUAGGUUAUUCAACCAAGGACAAUGGAUUUUUAGCAUUUGACAAUUAUAGAAUUCCUUUAAAUAGUAUGUUGGCUAGAUAUGUAAGAAUAGAGAAUGGAUAAUUUUCAAGACAUGGAAAUGAGAAGGUUAAUAUAAUGAAUUUAUUAUUAGAUAUCAUAUGCAUCUAUGAUGGUGUCUAGAUAAUUGAUUAUAUUCAUUUAUCCAAGAAUGGCUGCUUAAGCUCUUACAGUGGCAAUCAGAUAUUCAAUAACUAGAUAACAAUUCACAAAUGAUAAGGGUGUUGAGAAUUCAGUUAUUGAAUAUCAGACUUAAUAAGAUAAAUUGUUACCAAGAUUAGCUACUUGUUAUGGAAUGAUAUUUACAGGAAUAAGAAUAAUGCAAUUAGUCGAUGAUAAUUUCCAUAGAGUAUAAAAGAAGGAUUUUAGUACAUUAUAGUAAUCACAUGCUAUUUUAAGGUAAUUUAUAGAUGAUAACUAUUUUAAGUGCAAUUAAAGCCUAUUCAUCUUAAUGGGUAGUAGAUACAACAGAAUGGUGUAGAUUAUCUUGUGGUGGUCAUGGAUAUGCACAUUAUUCUGGUAUUCCAGCAGCGUAUUUUGAUACUGCACCAAAUGUUACAUUAGAAGGAGAAAAUUAAGUUAUGUAUUUAUAAGUGGCUAGAUACUUACUUAAAGUUUUAUAAUAUGCAGAAAAGAAUCCAGAGAAAGUACCAUUUUAUUUUAGUUUUGUAUUAUAAAUCAAAGACACUUUAAAUAAUAAAGAUUUAAGUAAUUAAUUAAUAAAAUAUAAUUUAUAGGCAAUAUAAAUACUUAAUUAGGUUAUUUACUUAAAUUAUCUCUUACAAUUCAAUUAAUAUAAGUUGGUAAAAGAAUUAAAGACUUAAUGAAUACAGGUAAGACAUUCCAAUAAGUCUGGAAUGAACAUGUUGGUAUUCACUUGUUAUCACUUGCUUAAAGAUAUGCUGAAUAUUUCAUCUAUCUUGUUUUUCAAGAAUAUAUUUCAAAUGCUAAUUCAUCUGUUAAAGAUAUAUUAUAAUCACUUUGUGAUUUAUAUUGUGUAUAAACUAUAUUGGAUAAUUCAAGUACACUUAUUGAAUCUGGUUAAAUUACAUAAGAAUAAUUAAAAUCUUUGAAUGAAUUAAAAAUUGAAUUAUUUACUAAGAUUAAACCAUAAGCAAUUGGAUUAGUUGAAGCAUUUAAUUUUAAUGACAAUGCUCUUAGAACUUGUAUUGGAUGUCAUGAUGGAAAACCAUAUGAAUAUAUUUAUGAUUGGGCAACAAAAGAGAAUUCAGUUAAUAAGGUACCAUAAGCAGUAAUUGAUUUAAUGGGUACAAAAAUAAAACCAAAAUUGUGA